CAGAACUAUGAUAAAAACCAUCAGAAAUUCGCAAAUCAAUUUGUAAAUAGCUUCUAGCUUAGCCAGAAAAAUGGGUAUCAGAAUUGGGGGUAACAUAGAGAAGGUGAAUGCGAAAGAACUGAGUUAUAGUGAGUUUGUGCUGAAAUACAUGGAAAAGAACCAGCCAGUGGUGAUGAUGGGUCUUAUGGAUGAUUGGAAAGCUUGUAAAGAUUGGGUCUUUGAUAAUGGAAAGCCCAAUCUCCAAUUCUUCUCAACUCAUUUUGGCAAUUCCAGGGUUCAGGUUGCAGACUGUGGUACAAAAGAAUUCACAGAUCAGAAGAGAGUGGAGAUGUCUGUUUCCGAGUUUGUUGACCACUGGCUGGAGAAUUCUAUGGAAGAGCAGAGUAGUGCUUCAACAAAUCUCAGUCAUGGUCAUCAUGUGCUUUAUUUAAAGGAUUGGCAUUUUGUGAAGGAGUACCCAGAAUAUUUAGCGUACACAACUCCAUUGUUUUUCUGUGAUGAUUGGCUCAACCUGUAUCUCGACAAUUAUCGUAUGCAUAAGGAUCCUGACACUUAUCAAGCGAAUAAUGAAAUAAGUUGCUCUGACUAUCGUUUUGUUUACAUGGGAGCAAAAGGGUCUUGGACUCCUCUUCAUGCUGAUGUUUUCAGGUCAUAUAGUUGGUCAGCAAAUGUAUGUGGGAGGAAACAAUGGCUUUUUCUCUCUCCUUCUCAGUGCAAUCGUGUGUUUGACAGGAACAUGAAAGGGUCUGUUUAUAACAUCUUUGAUGAUGUCAGCGAAAAAGAAUUUCCUGGUUUUAAGGAGGCUAUCUGGUUGGAGUGCACUCAAGAACAAAAUGAAAUCAUCUUUGUACCCAGUGGAUGGUACCAUCAAGUUCAUAAUCUGGAAGAUACAAUAUCAAUAAACCACAACUGGUUCAACGCCUAUAACCUGUCUUGGGUGUGGAAUUUACUUUUGAGGGACUACGAUGAGGCUAAGGAGUAUAUAGAAGACAUCCGGGAUAUAUGUGAUGAUUUUGAAGGUCUCUGCCAGCGCAAUCUUGCAGCCAACACAGGCAUGAACUUCAAUGAUUUCUAUUUUUUCUUAACACACUUCUGCUUGGCGAAUGUGGUUGAACUCUGCUGUUUACGAAGAAACUGCGAAAACUCCAUUCGUAGUUCAUCCCUAGUAGCUCAGCAUUUAGCUAUGAACCUUAGAUCUGUGCAGAAGAUCGUAUUGGAGAUCGAAUCUGUGGGUGGUCUGGCUGGAAAUCGUGGUAUCUUCUUGGAUAUAAGGGAAACACUAGAUGAUCCCAGUUUUCUUAAUCUGUGCAUGGGAUUGGAAAGAGUAUAUGGGAUGAUACACAAGCUAAAGGGUGGCUUUAUUGAUACAAGGAAAGAUUUGGUGGAUGAUUUGAUGGACUUGGAUAGUAUAAGAACUAAUGGUUCUCAGGUCUUUAAAGCUGAAGAACUGGUUAUAUUUAUUGACAAAGCUAUUGCAAAACUUGGUGGGACUAAUGGUGAUGAAAUUGAUUUGCUUUCUGAACGGGAUGGUGCCUAGAUGUUCAAUGAGAAAUGAUUUUUGGCCGCAAUGUUUCCCCUUCAUGGUGGCCCUGUGCCCAUACAGUUUCUCAAAACUUUAUUAAUGUGCACUUUUCAGUGUGGUGCUCAUGCAUCCUGAUUAUGAACCGCAGGAAAAGUUGAUUAUGAGGUUAAUGAAGCAUUGAAAUACGAAGAUGACAUUCUUACAGCAAGAAUACUGACUGCAGAGCUCUGGGCGUGGACCCAUAUAUUUAUUCCUUUGUUUUUAUCUCAUGACUAUAUGUAACUGUGAAACUAUCAUUUUAUUCUCAAAUAACAGCGAGGCUAAAAGCUUGUACA